AUGGCCAUGCGGCGGUCAUCACCUUCGCCACGACCCCGCGUGAGGUCGGCGUCUGUGGCUUCCAUUCCGGAUACGCAACGAUGUGAAGGAAUUCUUUCAUCCCGUUCCAUUGCAGGUACGGCGCGCUCCAUAGAAUAUGUGGGCGACCGAUGUGUAUGGGCUGCAGCAGUUGAUGGUCGCGUCUUAGUUUAUUCGCUCUCCGAUGGUGAAGUAGUUGCAGAGGCGGCCGUACGUGAAAAUACCUUUUGUACAGUACUACGCCUCGUGUCAAGAAGACGCAUUUGGGCUGGGUUCGCGGACGGUUUUAUUUGUUGCUACGACAGUUCGACGGCGAAUUUGUUGAAUGAGUUUGUUCAGCAUGAUGGCGCAGUGAACUGCCUGGCCACAACCCCUUAUAGUGAGUUUGUUUAUAGUGGCGGGGAAGAUUGGAAAGUGUACCAAUGGUUGAAGGAAAGUUGCACGUACGUACGGCUCUUCUCUGGUCAUUCUAAUGCUGUGCGAUGUGUUGUUGCGCAUAUAGUGGAGAGUGCGUCAACCCGUUCUGUAUCGGAAGGGGUGCGCUCCCUUGGUGAUGACAUGUACAAUAACGAGGAGGACGAAGGGGGAGAGGGGUGUAAUGCUCGGGUUAAUGAAUCAAUGGAGGAGUACAUCAUUUCGGGAAGCGACGACAUGACCAUUAAAAUAUGGGACCCCCGGGCACCCUUGCAGAUUGAACUAAACCUAGCUUGUCUCACUACGCUUCGUGGUCACAAUGGUGGUGUCCACUCCAUGGAGGUUUUCCGUCGGAAGCAGGAGCUUUGGUCCGGUGACGGUGAAGGUGCUCUGCGUGUGUGGGACCUCCAUGAUGUUAGGAAGCCUUCUUGCGUUGCCGUACUGGAGGGCCAACAUAGCGCAUCCAUCUCAUCCAUAGUGCGUAUUGAUUCCUGCAUGUGGAGCAGUGGCAAGGACAGCUUCGUUGUUUUAUGGGACGCGUACGAAAAGGUAGCCUUACGUCGUUUUGUUCCCGGCGGACGUGCGGCUUCUAGGCCUAUCUUCGUGAUGCGACGGCUUUACCGGGCAGCUCAUUGGGUUAUAUGGCUUGGAGGGCUCGAUAGGAACAUUCAUUCUCUCAGUUUUGCAGCGGACGGUGAUAUAGAUGGAAAGUUGCUUCGUUCAGAGAAGCGGUGUGCGGCUAACAAACUGCGUUACAUGCGCCUACAGGAAAGAACUAUGGAACUAUGCACUCUCGUAGAGGAAUUGGAAGAGAAAAACAAGGCAUUGGAGACUCAGGUGCAGCAGCUCAACGCACUAUUACAUAGAUCGUUGGAGGCAAGUCAGCCCUUAGACCACGGAAGUGGCAGAAGCAGAUCAGCAGGUAAGGGAGGAGUUACAUUUCGCCGCCUAAAAAGUGACGCAGAAGGUGACAAGGCACCAUCAAGGCUUGCCGUGGACACAACGUUGAAGCUACCGAGUGGGAUUGCCUCACGGUGCUCGACAGCAGAUCCGUCACCGGAAAAAUCCUUUAAGAAAGAUGUACGGGCGUGGGAAAAGCAGGAAAAACAGACCAUAACGGGUGAUAUUUCGGACGGGCAAAAACUUAUCGAUCAGAUGGAACUCAUCACGUCGGCUGAGUUUACAUUGCAGGACGUCAGUGGUGUUGAUGGCACAAGUCGCCUUGCCUUCGAGGCGUACAAGAAAGAGGUAGAACUGAAGUUGGCUGAGGAAGAAUUGUCGCGACAAGCGCUGCAGCGUGAGCUGGCGGAGGCGACAAAGUACAAGACGAUGUGGGAAACGAAAAACGACGCGUUACGGGACGCCUACGAACAAAUUGAAAACCUACAGCGAAAUCUCGAAGGCGAGCAACGGUACGUCAACGAUCUACUGCAAGAGAUGGCUCAGUUAUCCAACAAGAAAGUGCGUGGGGAGGGUGAGGAAGAUUUACCGUGUGCAGAUAAUCGCACUCCUACAGAACCUAGAGACCCUAGCACUGGUUACUCACUAUACAAGAGCAUCCCAGGCAACUACUGGGACAACAUCUGCACGAACUAUCCGGACGUUCUUAGGGAUACCCUUUUUUCCGAACUCAGUGAAUUAGUUAGUAGUUUGGGGGCAGUCGUAACAAAUAUCGCUUAUGCUUCAACGGGAGAAUGUCUUUUGGUCGAGGCGGUUGUAGGACCUACCACAGUUGGGCGAGAGAAAAUGCAGAGCUGUCUGGAGCUACAUGCAUUUCCUCAGACACGUACCCUUCACGAGAGUAUGUCCACCCCAUUUCGUAAGGACGCUUCGGUAAAAAAAUCGGAGAAGGAUAAUGGAUGGAAGCUGUUGGUGGAAGCGAAGGAGAGGGCAGAAAUGGAGCGUGAUGAGGCCUUGGCAGUGCUUCAGGAGGCUACUGAUGAGUUGGAAGCCAUGUAUGAAUAUCAGCGUCAAGUUGAGGAGCGCCGUGCGAAAACCCCUGGUUUAUGCGACAUCACCGCGUUACGAGACCAGAAAAAUAGCAGUGUAACUUCCUCAACUUCUCAGGCGUGUACUAAAGUUCCCAUAUAUGUGGCCACAGCAGAAGAAUAUGAAGAGGUUCUUGCAGUUAUGGGUAAGUUAGAGAGGGAGCGAGAUGAGGUACUUCAGCUGCUUCAAAAGAGUCAGGCCAACUCAGUUUCGACAACGAAUAAGGCUACAUCAACCAGCUUCAUUGAUUCACAACACCGGCAGCACAGGGAAGACACUGCCGCCUCCCAAACCGUGAGUGUCAACGAAUACUCCAGGGUCGUCGCCGAGAAGGAGGGAGCGGAGGCUGAAUGUCGGGAAGCUCGGAGGAAACUUCAGAAGGCCCUUCACGAGUUGGAAUCUCUUCAAAAGCUUCAUCUUCAAGCUGAGGAACAGCGUUCUAGAACGCGAGGGUUGGCGGGGUCCACUAGGUUACACGGUCGAAAGAGUACCAACGAAUCUUUAUUGGAAUCACGAGAGGGUACUAAAGUUCCCAUAUAUGUGGCUACAGCAGAAGAAUAUGAAGAGGUUCUUGCAGUUAUGGGUAAGUUAGAGAGGGAGCGAGAUGAGGUACUUCAGCUGCUUCAAAAGAGUCAGGCCAACUCAGUUUCGACAACGAAUAAGGCUACAUCAACCAGUUUCAUUGAUUCACAACACCGGCAGCACAGGGAAGACACUGCCGCCUCCCAAACCGUGAGUGUCAACGAAUACUCCAGGGUCGUCGCCGAGAAGGAGGGAGCGGAGGCUGAAUGUCGGGAAGCUCGGAGGAAACUUCAGAAGGCCCUUCACGAGUUGGAAUCUCUUCAAAAGCUUCAUCUUCAAGCUGAGGAAGAGUGGCGUAAAAAAUUGAACUCGUCUGGGUAUUCAGAGAGCUCAUGGAGAGGUGGGAAGAAGCCCCUCUUGUCCUUCUAUCCUGAUGGUGACCCAACACUGCGUGGGUUGGGCAGUGGAGAGCAUGUGAAAACCGAUGAUACGGACGCACUGUUGUCGGGUGAGGAGGUUGCAGACCACAGGUUGCGGGGGGGGAGGCGAAAUCCCAGUAAAGGUUCCACCACAUUCGGAAGCAGCGACCGCACUGCAAGUGCAGAUCAACGCCGCAGCAGGCUGUUGCCCACGGCAUCGGAUAUCGACAUCGCUACAGGGCACGUCACUCCUGGUUUAGGGAGUUAUUUUCACAAUCUCGCUGCGAAGGAAGAAUAUGCUAGUGCUGCCACACAGAAUCUGACGCGUCCUGUUGAUGUCGGCGCACUAGAUUUGAAAACAAGCAAGUUUUCACGUUACCGAUGCAUGCUUGGAGAAAUGUGGGGUCCGCUGGUAAAACGGUAUAGAGCGUUGGUGGAAGACGUCUUUCUCAUGGAGGUUUUCCGCGCUACGUCAAUACCACCUAACUACGUUAAGGGUUUGGAGUUUGGCCGUGGUGGAUUGUUCGUAGAGGUUGACAUCUAUGACGUUCACUCCUGCGAAAAUGUUAACCUUUGCCUGCAGCGCCACAAGUUUAGUGUGUUGGAUAAGUUGAUUCGUCUCAGUCAAAGCUGCAGUGCAACUGCACAUGACCCACAUCAAUUAGGUGAAGAAACGUCGGCCUCACAGCGGGGUCCUGGCUGCGUUGCAGAGAGGAACCUAGGUUUAAAUGGCGAAAGUCGCAAAUUUUUUCAGCAAACGUCACAUUGCAUUGACGAAGCACAGGCGAAGGAACUUGACGCAUUCCGCUGCCGGCGGGCUUUCGCCAACAGUUUACGUCGAGGAGAGGAAACGUUGCGUUCGUUACUUAUAUCGCAAUCGGAAAUCGACCCGAAGGUACCCGUGGAUUCGUUAGCAUUGCAGCGGGAACCAAUUUACUGUGUGACCCUUGACGAGUAUCGCUGUGUUUUGAGGCAACUUGGUGCUGCAAGUCGACGUGUCACUCAACGCCAACGCGACAUCAGCGGUGAUGAGCAAACGCGGCUGUGGAACGAACAUGUGGUGAAGCAAGCAGAGAAGGAGCGCCGGUUCGCGCGGAGAUUGAGCCAUCCCUAUCCGCAGUUUGCAAAGGGUAGUCACACUGAAUGA